GGCAGCUGCCAUGUGGAAAAAGAGAAACUCUUUGUGAUCCUGCAGAAAGCUGAGCUGCGGUGCAAGGAUGUCUGCAGUGCUGGGGAAUCUGCUCUGUACACGAGAAAUGUGCAAGUGCACUGGGGAGCAGCAGGUACACUCACUUGGCAAUCUUAAUGAUCCAUCUCCCCCUGGGGCACAGCUGAAGGUGCUAUUUUGAAGGAGCUUUAAAAGGGUUGCUGUACACGCUCAAACACGGACUCGAGGCUGGGUUGCUCUAGGACCCAGAGUGACUGGGACUGACAAAUCUUCACCUGAAUGAAUUUUCCCUGCAUGCCUUAUAAGGAGUCCAGGAAAACAAGGAAGUGAUAACCAUGUUCACGUUACUGUGUGCACAGCUUGUCCUCUCUACCUGCCCAGGUAGCCCUUGUUUUCACUUUUGUUCAUGGUCCGUCCCGCUGGGGUUGAAGUUUCCUCGCGCUCCGCCCAGCACUGAAAACGAAUGGGGAUUGAAUUGCUUUGCCUCUGUUUCCUAUUUCUGCAAAGGAAUAACUAUGUACAAGGGACCUGUUCUCAGGAAAACACAGUGACUUGUGAAGAUUGUUUGCUUUCCGGACCACACUGCGCUUGGUGUUUGCAAGAGAAUUACACAGACUCUUCUGGACUUCAUGGAAGGUGUGAUACCCUGGACAAUCUUUUGUCCAAAGGAUGCCAGUUGGAUUUGAUUGAGUUUCCCAUUUCAGAAGUAGAAAUUCACAGAAAUGAUUCCCUAACUGCAUCACCCCAGAAGAACAGUUCUGAUGUCACACAGAUUUCUCCCCAAAAAUUAACUCUGAGGCUGCGACCAGGACAUGAAGAAACGAUACAGAUCAAGGUUCGCCAGACUGAAGAUUAUCCAAUUGACCUCUACUACCUCAUGGAUCUUUCAGCUUCCAUGGAUGAUGAUCUGAAUACCAUCAAAGAACUGGGUUCAACUCUUUCCAAAGAGAUGUCAAAACUGACAAGCAACUUUAGACUGGGGUUUGGAUCUUUUGUUGAAAAACCAGUUUCACCAUUUAUCAAAACUACAGCUGCAGAAAUAAACAACCCUUGCAGAAGUGUACCAUACGAGUGCUUACCCACCUUUGGAUAUAAAAAUGUUUUGCCACUAACAAAUGAUACUGAAAAAUUCAAUGAAAUUGUGAAAGGACAGCGAAUUUCUGCUAAUAUAGAUACUCCAGAGGGAGGAUUUGAUGCAAUUAUGCAGGCAGCUGUUUGCAAGGAAAAAAUUGGAUGGAGGAACAAUUCUCUACAUCUGCUGGUGUUUGUGAGUGAUGCUGAUUCCCAUUUUGGGAUGGACAGUAAACUGGCAGGAAUUGUUAUUCCUAAUGAUGGGAAUUGUCAUUUGGACCACAACAAUGAAUAUUCCAUGUCAACUGUUCUGGAGUAUCCCACAAUUGGACAAUUAAUUGACAAACUCGUGCAAAACAAUAUUCUAUUAAUUUUUGCUGUAACAAAUGAGCAAGUUCACAUAUAUGAGAAUUAUGCAAAGCUUAUCCCUGGUGCUACUGUUGGACGACUGCAGAAAGAUUCUGGAAAUAUUCUCCAGCUGAUCAUUGCUGCAUAUCAGGAGCUGAGGUCUGAGGUUGAAUUGGAGAUCCUGGGAGAGACAGAAGGGCUCAACCUCUCCUUCACGGCCAUCUGUAACAAUGGGACCUUUUCUCCACAUCAGAGGAAAUGCUCUGGGGUGAAAGUGGGAGAUACAGUCUCCUUCAACGUGACUGUAAGUCUCUCUUCUUGUGAGAAAACCAGAAGGCUUAUCAAGAUAAAGCCGGUGGGGCUCGGCGACGUGCUGGAGAUGGAAAUCGAAGGCGUGUGCCGCUGCGGCUGCCAGGCGCGGGCGGAGCAGCAGAGCCCGCAGUGCGGCCCGGGGCAGGGCGCGCUGGAGUGCGGCGUGUGCGUGUGCAGCCCGGGCUUCGUGGGGCCGCGCUGCGAGUGCCACGAGAGCUCGCUGGGGAGCGGCUCCUGCGCGGCCCCGCCGAGCCGCGCCCCCCCCGCCGAGCCCCGCUCCUGCAGCGGCCGCGGCGAGUGCCUGUGCGGCCGCUGCCGCUGCCACCCGUCCCCCUACGGCAGGGUGUACGGGCCCCGCUGCGAGUGCACCGACUUCUCCUGCCCGCGGCACCGCGGGCUGCAGUGCGCAGGCAAUGGUGACUGUGACUGUGGGGAAUGCAGGUGCCACAGUGGAUGGACUGGUGAAUACUGCAAUUGCACCACUGAUGCCAGCAGCUGCGUUGCUGAGGAUGGGACGCUGUGCAGUGGGAGAGGUGAAUGUGUCUGUGGGACGUGUGCUUGCAGCCAUCCGGGGGCUUCGGGCCAAACCUGUGAAAAAUGCCCUCUCUGCGGUGACCCCUGCAGCUCCAGAUGGAGCUGUGUGGAAUGUCACUUGGCUUCUGAUGACAAGUCACUGGGAGAUUGCAACGAAAAAUGCAAAUUGGUUGAUGCAACUGUCAGCAUGGCAAAGGAUUAUUCAGAGGAUAAAUCCAUUUCCUGCUCUUUGCAGGGGGAAAAUGAAUGUAUAACCACAUUUCUACUGGCUGUGGAUGAACAGGGAAGGACAGUCAUUCACAGCAUAGAACGGAAAGAUUGUGCACAGCAUCCAAAUAUCCCAAUGAUAGUGGUGGGUGUCACCCUUGCUAUCAUUCUCAUUGGCAUUGUUUUACUUUGCAUAUGGAAAUUACUGGUGUCAGUUCAAGACAGAAAAGAGGUGGCCAAGUUUGAAGCAGAAAAAUCCAAAGUAAAAUGGCAAACGGAAACAAAUCCACUGUACAGAGGCUCAACAAGCACUUUUAAAAAUGUGACUUACAAGAACCAAGAUAAGCAUAAAAGGCCCAUGGCUGCAGAUUUCUAUUAGCACCUCUAACACUACAAACUUAGGUUUACUGGCAGGAAAUCUAAAUCUAGACUUUUUUCUUCUCAGCUGAUUAUGUGAUAUUUGUUUGCAAGUUGCAGUGGUAUAACCAUUCUGUUAGAGAAUAUAUAUCUUGUGUUGGGACAAAUAAAGAUAACGUAUUAGUAGUAAAGGUUAGUAGAAAUAUUUUUUUUUAAUGACCCUUUAUUGUUAAAGCCCCCAUCUUAAAAAAAUGGCAUCACAAAUAAUUUUAGUUUUGUCUUCAAUACUGGGGAUUAUAAAUUGUCAUGUAAUCUUAUUUUUUGUUAAAUUAGAUAUAUACAGUGAACUUUAUACUACUUUGUUCAUACACAGGAUCCCAUAAAUUAGUGUUUAGGAAUGUAUUUGUACCAGUCUAUUUGGUGGGCUGGUUUAAAUUUAGAAAAGAUAAUUUUUUUCAUGAAUGCAGUUUAAACUACUGAGGAUUGAGCUUUCUCAUAUCACCUGACUGAAUAGUUUCUCACCAGGAAAAAAGUAGUGAAAUAGUGAGAUUGCCAGUCUUCAGUAAAUGUAAGUUACACAGAAACAUUUCUUCUCUAAUUCUUAUUUCUUGUCCUGUUUCUCUCCUUCCUUUUCCUUUUUUCUCUUUGAUGUUCUUUAAGGACCUAGACCCUGGGAUUAUCUCAGGGAAAGUUCAAUCAAGACUUAUUCACUUUUUUUUUUUGUAUUUUUAAUUCUAGUAAAAAGAAUAUAGAGAACAGAGAAAAAGAUAAAUAUUGGUAAAUUAGAGACACUUUUAAACCAGAGGAUUAGCAGAACUCCAUUUCACCAUUUGCAUCCUGUAAAUGAUUUGGGUGCUCACGAUACACCUCACUUGCUGGGCCAUCACACAAAGUGGCUCAGGAGCCCUUUACAUGCAGAAAUGUUCACACAAAAGGUUUAUUAUCACAUACAAAGGAGCACUCUUUUGUUGAUAUGUCCAAAAUUGUGAGGUUCUUUCAAUGCCCAGCAGCCAAACUGAUAUUCUUGUGCACAACAACAUAUUCAGCUCUUUUGGGCUGGGUUGUUCAGUUUUGGGUUUGGUUUUUUUUCCCCCAAACUAAACAACAAAAAGAUCUAUGGAUUUCACUUCAUAUUCUUUUCCAUUAUGUUAAUGAGGAGUUUAAAAUCAACAUUUUAUCUAAUUGCAAAUAACUUGCCAUAAAUUUUUAAAUUGUAAUCUGCUAGCAUGGAUAGCACUGGAUAAAGAAAGUAUAAAAGUAGCCAACAUACUGGCAUAGAAAAAUUACAGCAUUGGGCUAUUUAAAGGGAACAAUAAUGAACUUUACUUUUUCUAUCA